AUGGCCAUUACGCCGACUCAAUUUGCUAAGAAGACGGCGCAGUCGGCCAAUUGGUCCGACGCCAAGCGUCGAGUGCUAUCCUCCUACCGAGAAUGGAUUCGAGCUGCUCCCGAAGUCCAAACUAUGUACAACAUGCCCAUGCCCGUCUCCGCCAUCAGAACCCGUAUGCGACAAGAAUUCGAGCGACAGCGAUUUGUGAACAAGCUUUCUGUUGUUGACGUUCUUCUGUUCAAGUCCCAUGCCGAAUAUCAGGAAACCAUGAACUUCUGGAAGCAGACCAACCACAUCAUGGCCUACUUCAAGGAGGAGAACUUCCGGGGCGACAAGCGACUACCAAGCAGCUUCAUGACUGGCUUCCUCGAGGGUCGCAACUAG